AUGACUUCUCUCCUGGACCUACCACGUGAAUUGUACCUCAUGCUUGCCGCUGUCAGCCGGGACCAUUACCUUGCUGUGCAACAGCCUUUAUACGCCAGUGUUGUGCUCACGCGAUAUGCCUCACUGAUCAAGCUCGUCAGCACAUUAAGCAGGACACCCGUAGUCUCCGCGAUCAGCAAACAACAACGGCUGCGAUGGUUCAAACUCACUGAUGAACAGCUUCGUGACUGCGACAUCAAGCACCUUGACCUUGUGCUCGAUCGCGCAAAAGACGGUAGUCGUAUUACGGGCGCGGUACUGUCCAAUUGCAUCGGCGCCAUCGCGCGAAAAUGCUGUGGCGUCAGAAUCUGUCUUACGCUCGUCGGUGGCUGGCCGAAAUUCCUUUCCCAACUUGAGCGCUUUGGCCUUCCAAAUGUUGUGGAGCUAGUGCUUCGCCUACAGAUAACGGACGUUCAAGCAGAGACGGAAGGACUGCACAAGAUCUGGGACUUAGUCUUCUCAGGCUUAACAUUCACCGAUCUCCAAACAGUUCGCUUCCACAGAUCGGUGACCUCGGGACGGCGAAGCGCUCACUCAGCCAGUUUCCACGGCGCCGCUGAAACAGCAUCUACGGUGUAUGGAGCUCCUGAUUGGAGGUCAACGGCCCGUGAUGGACCCAAAUGCUCGACUUCGCAGUUCUAUGGACUCCGCAAGAUGAAGCGUAUCACAAUAGGUCAUAUCUUGUACUUGACCCCUGACAUCAUGGACUCUUUGUUCGGCUCAGAAAUCAUACCACACAACCUUACUCGGCUCGAGAUCGCGAACUGCACAGGUUUACAUCCUGUCAAACACCUCGACUCCAUAAGCACACUGCUACGGCGAGCUCUCCGACUCGUGACACAUCUGCAACUACACCUUUGUAAGCUUCCGGACUUUGACCGCGACGAGACAUUCCCGAAUUCUCAGUAUGCAGACCAGAUCGAUGAGCACCCCGAGGACCACUUUUGCAACGUCAUCCGCGAAAUGGGCCACAAAGUGCACCAUUUGGACGUCGCCUUGCCGUUCGUGUGUCGCAAUAUCUUCGCAAUACCAACCAAGGUAGCCAGAAGCGCUGUACACUGCCUGGGGGACUAUCCAACCAUGCCAUAUGAACCGCACGGCACGCUUGUUGGGCGGCUGCUUGAUGAAGGGGACAGGUACUGGAGAGUGAUCUGCUGGCAUGGCGUCUGUCGGUACGGACAGAACUGGUCUGACGUGAUCGAAGCGGCAUCAAACGAUCAAGCAGAGAUGGUGAGCUGCGAGUUGCUAAAUGCGGCGGAGAACAGGGGCAGCUGGCAUAUUAGUGGCUGUUCGCCGUUGAUGUUCAAGGUGAACGAUAUGCUUGGACGCACAACGGACAGUCAACCAUAG